UAGAGAGCUAGGAACAACACAGCCUGCAGCCUCGAUAGCCAGUGCAAGUGCAAACUUCACAUCUGUACAGCUGUGCACUGUGCUGAGACUGCUGAACCCCUGGAUCAAGCCAAGGGUGGGCAGCCAGAGGCGACAGGGACCCACUGACCUGAAACCUGAGACCGCCGGGGGCUUGAGACCACUGCUUCCUGCAGGCCUUAUUCUCCAGAAAUUAAAGAAGACCUCGGUCCCGGGAGAGACAAGAAAAAUGGGAACGGCCCGUUGUGUUGCCGUUUUCUUGGUUUUAUUCAUCUUUACCCAAUCACGUGCCCAUGGACAAAGCCUGGGGCCAGAGCCGGUGGGGAGAAGACCUCAAGCCGUCGAAACAGAGAAAGCACUGCAGAAAACAGUGACCAGAUUUCUCCUCUUCCCGGCAGAGCGCAGCCCGGGCUGUGAGAUCGGGUGGCACCGGCCGGGCUCGCUGCAGGAGUGCGGCUUCAACUCCUCCCGGCCGCUAGUGCUCAUCAUCCACGGGUGGUCGGUGGACGGCGUGCUGGAGAGCUGGGUGCAUCAGCUGGUGGCCGCGCUGAGGACCCAGCCAGUGAACGUGGGGCUGGCGGACUGGCUGCCCCUGGCCCACAACCACUAUGCCAUCUCCGUGCGCAGCGCCCGCCUUGUGGGGCAGGAGGUGGCCGCCGUACUGCGCUGGCUGGAGGAGUCCGAGGACUUUUCCCGGAGCAACGUCCACCUGGUGGGCUACAGCCUGGGCGCCCACGUCUCAGGAUUCGCCGGCAGCUCCAUAGGCGGGAAGCACAAGAUCGGGAGGAUUACAGGGCUGGACGCUGCCAGUCCUUUGUUCGAGGGGACGUCCCCCAGUGAACGCCUCUCUCCAGAAGAUGCCGUGUUUGUGGACGCCAUCCAUACCUUCACCCGGGAGCACAUGGGCCUGAGUGUGGGCAUCAAACAGCCCAUUGCACACUACGACUUCUAUCCCAACGGGGGCACCUUCCAGCCUGGCUGCCACUUCCUGGACCUCUACAAACACUUCGCCCAGCAUGGCUUAAACGCCAUUCCCCAGACCAUAAAGUGUGCCCAUGAGCGGUCCGUGCACCUCUUCAUUGACUCCCUGCUGCACGAGGACAUGCGGAGCACCGGCUACCAGUGCAGCAACAUGGGCAGCUUCAGCCAGGGCCUGUGCCUGAACUGCAAGAAGGGCCGCUGCAACUCGCUGGGCUACCACGCGCGCCAGGAGCUUCGGGGCAAAAGCAAGAGCCUUUACCUGGUGACCCGCGCCCAGGCCCCCUUCAGAGUUUACCAUUACCAGUUCAAGAUCCAGUUCACCAACCAAAUUGAGAAACCAAUAGAGCCGAUCUUUACCAUGUCACUGGUUGGAACCAAGGAGGAGAUGCAGCAGGUCCCAGUCACACUGGGCGAAAGAAUCACUAGUAAUAAAACGUACUCAUUCCUUGUCACCCUGGGGCCGGAUAUUGGCGAGCUGGUCCUGAUCAAGCUCAAGUGGGAGCACAGCGCCAUGUGGACCAACGUCUGGAACACGAUGCAGGCCAUCAUCCCCUGGGGUGGAGAGUCUCGCUCCUCCAGCCUCGUGCUGAAGACCAUCCGAGCCAAGGCCGGGGAGACACAGCAAAGGAUGACAUUCUGCUUAGAAAACGAGGAUGAUUUACUUCACCCGGCCCAGGAGAAAAUGUUUGUGAGAUGUGAAGUGAACUCUAAAGCGUUGAAGCGAAAGGUCAGAUGAGCUGAAUGAGACCCAGUAUAAAGAAUAAGUGAAAUGUAUUUCUUCUAGGUGACAGCUGCCUAUUUGGUAACCAAAAUUAUGCAGAGAAUCUUGCAUAAAGUGUCAAUAAAGUUUGAAGAGGAAUAUAUUUCACCACUAUAAACUGAGUUUUUAAAACUAUAUUAUACAACUAUUUUCAAGUAUUAGUACAACUAAAAUGUCCCAAUCUUAUCUCUGAUUGUGUUAAUAUAUGUAAAUAAAUAUAAAUGUCAAAGUCA